AGCUGGGACAAAAUAUACCGCAAAAAUGACACGUAGCGGCCCGAUGCCGUCUUUGGAUUUCGUGAUUUCGUGUCUCGAUAACAAUAAACUAUAAAGUCGUACGACGAAGAGAGACAAUGGCAAAAAGCACAUGUGUCGCCUAUCUUCUCUGGCUAACACUUGGUGUGUUCGGAGCCCAUCAUUUUUAUUUGGGACGAGACAGACAGGCAUUUCUGUGGUUUGUGACAUUUGGAGGGGUUCUCUACGGCUGGUUCAGCGACAUAACAAGAAUCCCAGGCUAUGUUGAUGACGCCAAUCACGAUCCAGAGUACCUAGCUGAGCUGGCUCGCAAGUUCAAAAAGCACAAGAAGCCGCCGGUGAGCCUGACACGCUGCACGGCCCAGCUGCUGCUCGGCAUCUCCUGGGGCUACACGGCGAUGGCUGCCGUGCCGGAGGACCCGCAGCUGAUGCUCCGCUGGCUGGUGUACAUCGUCACCCCGGUGGCCACCGCACUCGCGGUGCACACAGUGGGUAACGUGGGCCGGUGCCGCGGCGCGCUGCGCUGGCCCCUUCUGGCCGCCUUCGCCACGGUACCACUGUACUUCUGGAGUCUGCAGGUGGUCCACUACACGGCCCUGGCCAGUAUCGUGGCGUUCGAGUACGGGGCCAAGGAGUGGCGGCGCACCCCGCACCCGCCCAGAUCCGCCUGCAGCCGGUUCGGCACGCUGGUCGUCUGCGUUCUGGUCUUCUACUCGGUGUGGGCCAGCUAUUUCUACUUUAACGCCGCCGUCAUCGACCGGCACGGAGAGAAGACCAUGUUCAGGGACGCCGUCAAAAACUUCUUCAAGUCGCAGCUCUGGAAACGCAUGAAGGAGGAGAUAGUCCGCCUAUUCGAGCUGAUUCGCACUCAGGGCUGGUCGCGCGCAUGGAACUCGUUCCUCGAGAGUGUGGACCCGUCAGGGCGGUACGCAGCGUUAGAGGUGUUGGGUUUAAACAAGACGGCCACCCAGGAGGACAUAACGGCCCGGUACCGCGAACUGACCAAGUCCCUGCACCCGGACCGAUUUACCGACCCCGGCGAGAAGGCAAAGGCCGAGGAGGCCUUCAUGGAGAUCAACCUGGCCUACGACAAGCUGUCCAAGAUGCGGAACAAGAGGCGGCGCAGCAACAGAGUCUCCCGGGAGGAACAGGUGGAGCUGUGAGAGGUCGGGUGACGGAGGGCUGAGGUCAGUGAAAAAGGGUUCCUCUGAGAGUGGAGGGGACGUGUUACCCCGUCCUCAGUUUUGUGAGAGUGCUGUGUUGGUUGAUUCUGGGUGAUUAGUGUGUAGAUGGCUAGGGCACAAAGCACAGGACAUAAAUGCGAGGACUGCAUUACGGUAUACUAUGCCGGUUGGUGUUAUGAUAGCGCAAUAUUUAUUCUCGGGUGAAAAGUUUUUGGGAGAUGGGUGUCAUGCCCAUGUGAUAUUCCAUAAUCUCAAAGAGCUCAACGAACAAAGAAUUGGGUCGCGUCCUGGAUGCGUGGCGAAUGUUAAUAGCUUAUUAAGGACGCCCAAAAGCGUAGACAAGCUCAUUGAAAUGAAUUAGAUCCGUGGUACGUCGGCGCAACGGCUAGAAAAUCCCUACUUGGUGUCAGUCACCAUAACGUGCCUUAUAUGUCGGACUUGGCGUAUUGCGGUACUCGCUGACAAUAUUUGAACCGUUUGUUCAAUACUUUUUAUGAUCAAUCCUACGUAAAGGAUUGUUUCUUACGAUGAUAAAACUGGCGUGGGACUGUUGCUCAUCCCGUGGAUCUCGGGUGUAUUUAGCUUGCCAGCAGCGUUGUUUCCGUUGCUGCUGCAGAGUAACUUGAGGCAUUCCUUAUUGCUACCUACUUAAGCACGGGUGUGGGGAUAUUGUUCUAAAGUAUUAGUUUUGCCAGUACAGCUGUGAUUGGAUGAUCACAUUGUUGGCUGUUUUUGAAGCAUUAGAUGUUUUAUUAGUCACAUUAGCAUUAGCUAAUAGCCAGUUUUGAUAAUUGUUUGUUGUGGCAUUCCAAAUGAUCUUCCCUUGCACAACGCACAUUGCACAAACUUUGUUGUUUUGCGGUAUAAUUAUUUUGACACGUUGUUUUUCUGAAUAUAAUGAUAUUUCUAAG